UUUUUUUUUUUUUUGUCGUUUUUUUUUUUUUUUUUUUUGUCCGGAACGGUGUCGUUUGUGGGCGAAGGUUUAAAGGUUAGUUGUAGCGGUUUUCCGACGCCGGAAUAAUACUAAUACUUCUGUUCUCAUGUAUACAAAACGCGCAAACGCCUGAAAAUGGGUUGCGUCAUCGGCAAGACGAAGUCCGGUGACGGCCGGAGCAAAGAUGGAUCUCCUAACCGUGGACGGAGCUCCGACGAACCUUCAGUCAUAGUUUCCAGAGCUGUUAACGCAGUCAGGGCUAAGAAGGAGGUGACGCAGAGGCAAAAGGCUAGACACAACAAUGAUUUGCAGUCGGAUGUUCUGGUGCCGGAGCGACGGAGGCCACGGCCGGAGUCUGUGCUCGUGAACCAGCAAGGUUGGCCUUCGUGGCUAAUGGCGGUCGCCGGUGAUGCAAUCGGUGACUGGAUUCCUCGUCGGGCUAACACCUUCGAGAAGCUUGACAAGAUUGGUCAAGGAACAUAUAGCAAUGUAUAUAAAGCGAGGGAUCUAAUAACAGGGAAGAUAGUCGCUUUAAAGAAGGUAAGGUUCGAUAAUUUAGAGCCAGAGAGUGUAAAAUUCAUGGCAAGGGAGAUUCUUGUUUUGAGAGGAUUAGAUCACCCCAAUGUGCUUAAGCUAGAAGGUUUGGUUACUUCAAGAAUGUCGUGUAGCCUUUACUUGGUUUUUGAGUACAUGGAUCAUGAUCUCGCCGGUCUAGCAGCUCGCCAGGGAGUCAAGUUCACUGAGGCUCAGAUCAAAUGCUACAUGAAGCAAUUGCUAUCUGGCCUUGAGCAUUGCCACAAUCGAGGUGUCUUGCAUCGGGAUAUCAAGGGCUCCAAUCUGCUUAUUGACAAUGAAGGAGUUCUAAAAAUUGCUGAUUUUGGACUAGCUACCUUCUUUGACCCCGAGCAUAAGGUUCCGAUGACCAGUCGAGUUGUCACUCUCUGGUACCGUCCUCCUGAGCUUCUGCUAGGGGCCACUCAUUAUGGUGUCGGUGUUGACCUUUGGAGUGCUGGCUGCAUUUUGGCAGAGCUACUUGCUGGGAAGCCAAUAAUGCCAGGACGGACAGAGGUCGAACAACUGCACAAGAUAUUUAAGUUAUGUGGUUCUCCAUCAGAGGAAUACUGGAAGAAGUCAAAACUGCCAAAUGCAACACUUUUUAAACCUCAGCAGCCAUACAAACGCUGUAUAGCAGAGACCUUCAAGGAUUUCCCACCUUCUUCUAUGCCUUUAAUUGAAACUCUUCUUGCAAUUGAUCCUGACAACCGUGGCACUGCGACAACGGCUCUAAAUAGUGCAUUCUUUACCACUGAACCUUAUGCUUGCGAGCCAUCAAGUUUGCCCAAAUAUCCUCCCAGCAAAGAAUUGGAUGUGAAGUUGAGAGAAGAGGAAGCAAGAAGACAAAGAGGCCUCGGUGGAAAAACAAAUGUUGUUGAUGGUGGUAGAAGAGUUAGAAUUCGUGAUAGGACUGGAAGAGCAGUUCCGGCUCCAGAAGCCAAUGCUGAGAUUCCAUCAAACUUAGAUAGAUUGAGAGUGAUGACACAAGCAAAUGCUAAGAGUAAGAGUGAGAAAUUUCCACCUCCCCAUCAGGAUGCAGCAGUUGGACAUCCUAUUGAUACAUCACAUAAAGGUCCUGUAUCAUUUGAUGCACCAGAUACUUAUUUUAAUUCAUCAGUAUUCAGUUCAAAGUCAUCAGCAUCCAUUAAGAGUUCUGGAGCCACAGGGGGGCCUUCCAGAAGAAGGAAAACCAAUAAAGAAGAACCCCAUAUGGCUCCAUCCCGGAAGUUUAUCCGCCCGUUUAAUCCAUCCUCAAUAGGACUAUCAAUGGAUCUAUUAUUCAAGGGUAAAUCUGAGGUUUUUGGCAGCCGCAGGUAGACAAAGAAUGAGUUGCUGUGUUGUCUUUUUUGGAUUAGUUGCUCAAUUUUCGUCCUGAGGGCUUCAAAGCUUUUUUGCUUUUCCAUUUUAAUUAUUGUUUCCCAUUUAUUAUUUACAUCGUCAUAUGAGUAUUUGGUGUAUAAUCCUCACGACAGAAGCCCAGUAGCUGUGUAUAAUUUGCCAGUGCAAAUUCCAUUUUUGCUGUACAGUUUUUGGAAACAUUGGGUGCUUCCUCAAUCUAAAAUGGGAGUGGUUUUCUUUGAAGUA